GUCUGCCACCUUGAAAGAUGCAGAUCAGCGAAUUUGCAAUUUAUAAAAAGAGUUGUUCACACACUUCAUAUACCACAGUUCAUAUUUUACUGGCUGGUGUAGGUGUACAGUUCUAUACGGCAGUUCACAAGCAAAAUGAAACUUUGUAAUCUUUUAAUAUUGUUAACCACUUAUAGUGGCGUUGUAUUGGCAGGACCUAACGUGAAAAAGGAACGCAUACAAUUACCGGCUUUUGUGAAAAUAUGUCGACGCAGUGAUCCAAAUUUAGACAUGUGUGCACGUAAUUCCUUGCUCGCUAUGCGGGAGCUGCUAAAUUAUGGCAUUCCGGAGUUAUUUAUACCGCCUAUCACGCCAUUGGUUGUGCCUGAAAUUAGAAUGGAUCAAGAUUCGGGCGCCAUUUAUCUGCAUUCCACUUUCAAAAAUAUUACCGUUAACGGUUUGGCCAACUUCACGCUCAACGAGCUACAUAUAAAUCCACAGAAAAUGCGCUUGACACUGAUGCUGAGUGUGCCGAAUGUAACAAUGAAUGCAAAGUAUAAAAUGAAGGGCAAAAUUAUGAUGAUGCCACUGUUGGGGGAGGGUGAUUUCAAGGCGAAUUUCUCCAAUGUAGAGUUGAAUACGGUGAUUAGCGCCGAGCGUUACACUAAAAAUAAGCGUCUUUAUGCUAAGGUAAAGGAUGUCAAAGUGAAGUAUAAACUUGGUAAAGCAGAAUUGUAUUUGAGCAAUCUUUUCAAUGGCGAUCAAGCGCUGGGUGAGCGUAUGAAUACAUUUUUGAAUGAAAAUUGGGAUUCGCUCUUGAAUGAGCUGCGUCCUUUAAUGGAGACUUCAAUAUCGGAUAUAGUGCGCGCUUCGACGGAAAAGCUAUUCGAUACUUAUAGCUUUGAUGAGUUACUGCCCGAGUAAAUGUGAUAAUGAUAUGAAAAUGUGACGUGUUUGAAUGUUUUUGAAAAUAACAAUUGCUAUUUAUUUAUAAGUUUUUAGAUAAAAGAAAUAGCUUUAAGUGCUAAAUUAAGACAAAGUUUCAAUAUAAGCGUAACUUUGUAGAUAUACUCAAGAAACUUAGUGUGAAAUUGUUUGAAAAAGCUAUAAACAAAAUAGUUUAUACAAAUACUAAUUUUGCGCUGUGUGUUUAGAUUUUUUUUAUACUUGCAAUGAAAAAUAUAGAAUAUUGUGCACAUAUUGAAACACCCUAUUUAAUAAACUAUUAAUUUUAAGAGCACUUUUGAUACUUUUAUUUUCUUUAAAAAUUUUUAAAU